CCUCAAUCGUGCAAUCGAUCCCAACGAAUUUGGACUUCUUAGAUAAACUCCUCACAACAAGGAUGUCAUGUUUUAACAACGGAGAUGAGGUUGGGGAUAGGGAAUGGUUUGUCAAACAGAUCUUGAGUGUCGUCGAGGUGUGUAUUAAACAAUCGCCGGAGCUCUCUGUGAAAGGGUUUCAGUUACUGUGUGGGUUAAAUCGAGAGCGAACGAUCUUUGAGUAUAUUCCAAUGCCAUUGAUGGACUUGUUAGCGACGCGCACGCGAGAUAUCAUCGACCAAGUCGACGCGAAUCAGUUUUUCUUCAUAGUGAAGUUUUGGGGGAGUUUCUUUACUAAUUUAAGUCUGAACGACUUCACGACGUCGGUGAAUUUUGGGCAAUUGUUUUCGAUUGUAUACGUGAAGAUGUUAAUGUCUGAAGAAGAGGAAGUGAUCGCUAAUGGAGAGUACUUUGGAUUCUUCUCGCGGUGCGACGCCACGACGAUGUUUGCGUUGUUUAAGAUGACAUUCACGUGGAUGAUGUCCAACGACUUGCCCCAAAAAAUGGGUCCCAUCGAACAAAAACUUUACAACCAAAUCCAAAUGAUUAAAAAGGACAUCUAUCAGUCGUAUCACCUCUUGACUAACUUCUUCUAUUUGGCAAGUUACUUCGUCAGUUAUCGAGAACUCUCAGAUAAAGAAAAGACUUCGGCUUUUGUCGAGUUUGUCGUGAUGCUUGUCACGUCGUCGUUCCAAUUGAAUAAAACAAUUUUCAACCAUCAGUUCAACACCGCUGAUGAUCAAUCACCGGAAUGUCAUCUGCAAAAGUCAAUGAUCGACUUUUAUGGCGGAUUCAUAUCAAGCUCGUUGUGGGACCCAAACGCAAAGAACGAGACUGACUUCGUCACGUUUUCUAAGACUUACACCCCGUCAGACUUGGCCUUUUUGGCUAGCGUGUUGAAACAGAUUUACAUGAUGAUCCCAUUUUGGAAGGAAAACUACACUUUAUUACGUUCAAUCUUUUCUCUAUUCGACAAAAUGAUCCAUGGAAAGUCCUUCAUUGAUAUUAUGUUAACAAUGGAGCCACUGAGCUUUAUAUAUCAAAAUCCCUUCUGUUUUGUCGAACAAGUAUCGACGCGAAAUCCAGUUGAAUAUAUGAAGACGAGAGCCGUGUUUUUUAAAGGAGUUGGUGUUCUGUUUGCACGGGUCUCAUCGGAGAUCAUACUUCCAUGUUUGAUGAAAAUCAUGGCAAACCCGUUAACUCGACUUGUAGAUGUCACGAACAUCCUCAAAACCGCGACGACCAAUAGUUGUGUGUGCAUCACACAAGCUAUUGCCACAAUGGAAAAUCAGUUAUUCCAAGUCCCAACGACGGACCCGUCAUCAGCGGAGUGGGGGGUGGUGUGUAAAUUUAUUAAAGCUGUAUCGACGAACUACACGCUUCGAUUGUUUGGCAAGGAAAGUACUGUGCCUCUUCGACUGUUUCUGAAGAUAGCGGGAGUCAUUGUCAGCUUUUCAAAGGUAGCGUAUACCGUAGCGAAGAGCACACAAGAGCCAUCAGCGCUGUUCUUUGAGAAUGUCAUUUUAGUGUUACAAGCUGGAGUAGCGCUGAUGGGGAACAGUUCCUUUGACUUUGCGGUGUUGUCGUUAUACAACGACGAGUCAUUCAAACUGCUUGCGUACUCGAUGUAUGAACUUCUCUCUGCAGUUCAUCGCUUCAAAGAUCAGUACCCCAAACUGCAACGAGUUAAUGCCGUCUAUGUGGCUACUGUUGCGCGAUACGUCCUUGUUGUGCAAUUUCCUGAGACACAUAUCACGAGCCUUAUAUCAGAAGCAGUCUCGUUAAUGGGAUCGAAGAAGAACGAAGAGACGGGGCAAGGGGCGAAUGCGUUCAGUUGUAUAUUAUAUUUGGCAUAUAAUCAUAUGAACAGAAUACCAUACGCAAAAUCACUGUUAGGGUUAUUACGACAAUUCGUUCAACAAGUUAUGCAUUACUUUAUCACUAACAUAUUGAAUGGAUCCCAAAUGUCGUAUUUCACUAAUACCGUCUUCUCCCUCAUGGUCUUGUUCCCAAACGAAUUCAUGGGCAUUAAAGACAACCUCAUUCAAGAACUCUGUGAACCUCAAGACAUCAAUUUGUUCAUCUCGUCUUUCCAAGACUUGAUCAUCCAGAACACAUCUAACAAUAAACUUAACCCAAAAGAUGCGGAGAAGUACAACUACGACACUAGAAUAUCAAUGUUCAAAAAAACACUGAAGACUAUCUCUCAACACGGAGUCGCUUUUUGA